AUGAAGGCUGCUUCUGCUCUCGCUACUCUUGCCCUUCUUGCCGUGGCCCCUCAGCCAACGCAGGCUGCUUUCCCAGUUUUUACCAUCAUUGCUGCCGGCCUUAUUGGGAUUGGUAGAGCCCUUGGUACCGCUAUUCAGGGUCCUCGAGCUGCCGCUACCUUUGAUGCAGCCGCACUCCCGCCGGCGUCCCACAAUUCGAAUAUGAACGUUGUCGUAACGAUAUCAAGGGCCGCACAAUUGAUAUUAAUACGAACUACCAGAACCACAUCAUUAGACCUUGAGGUCAAAGGCCUCCCUCUCACCUGCAUGAACCUUGCCAAUGUCAUGGCUGGCGAUGGCACUCAGGGGCCCUAUGCACUUCCAUGCGGUUCGGACUGCCUGUUCUACGAUGCCAUUACCCCUGCUCAAAUCGAGGAGUUCAGACACAGCCUUGGCUUGUCGAUAAACUCCGAAAGUAGCAUUCCACCACAGGCUUAUUGAUUCAAACUUUUUCCAAUUGUCAAAGACUUCACUCCUUUCUUUCUAAAUGUCAUAUAUUUGGCAAUUCCCUAACUGGUCCUUUCGUUCACAUGUCUCCCUCUAGAGAACCCUAUGAUUUUACACCUCGUUUAAACCUAGCCAUUCUAAAUCAUUUUACCUUCACUGUUGUUAGUUUCUCUCAUAUCACAGUCUAUUAGACGCAUUUUAGCAGCCAAGUGGCAAUAAACAACUUUCGAAGAAAAGUAAUCAGUCCCAUCAACAAAAAAAUCAAGUGAAAACCAUUUAAAGGACUUAUUGAGUUAACAUUAACUACCUAAUAAUCAAUCCAUAGCGCUCGUAUAUGAGCAAGUGGCUAG